GCCUCCUCACGUUCUUCUCCCGUUCCCAUCCGUCCCACGUCAACAGAACAUCAAUAGUUUCAACGACGCUCCUCCAUUCGCACCAUGACGGCUGCGCUGGCGUCUGAGAUCGAUGCCCGCGCCGCCGCUACACCAUCAUGUCGCUGAUUCCCUACCAACCCCACGAGGGCCGGGAGAUUGUCCUCCGUCACCACAACGCCAUCGUCGUCCGCGACUCGACCUCCCACCGACUCGAGAUUCGAGGCCUCUCAGAAUGUCCCACCUGCCACCAGCCGCUGACCGGCCGCCCCUCCCCCUCUUCCGACCGGCCGCCGUAUGACCGGUCAUUUGGCGCCCGCCAUGAGUCCUACGUCGACCCGGACUACUUUCGCAUGCUCCGCGCCGCCAACGCCGACGCCGUUCCCGAUAACGCGCCCCCGAGCCCCGUGCGGAGGUUCUUCACGCCCGCCCUCGGAGAUACCACCAGGCCCGUAGCUCAGCCAUCGUACUCUGCCCCCGAGAUCCAGGACGGUACCGCCGAGUUCGUCUCCAGCACCCCCGGUGUCGCUCCCAUCGCAGGCAGCAAGAUACGGCGGAAUGCCUUCAGCCCCGGCUACUUCAAUACGUUCUUCGUCGAGGAGAGAGUCCUCGGAAAGGGAGGCAAGGGUGUCGUCCUGCUGGUACGCCACGAAAUCGACGGCUGUGCUUUGGGCCAGUUUGCCUGCAAACGAGUCCCCGUGGGCGAUGAUCACGCCUGGUUGGAGAAAGUCCUUAUUGAAGUCGAGCUGCUUGCCAAACUGUCACACCCCAACCUUGUCUCAUACCGCCAUGUCUGGCUGGAGGAUGUCAGGCUGACUCGCUUCGGCCCCAGCGUGGCGUGCGCCUUCAUUCUCCAGCAGUACUGCAAUGGUGGCGACCUUCACCAAUAUCUUGUUGGUGGAGCACCCAGAGAGGCAACCAAAGAAGAGCUCAAGGCUCAGAUGCGCCGGAGGUCAAAAGGCCAGCUGGACCCUCCGACAGAUCUGUUCUCAGGCAACCGCCAGCUGUCGUUUGAUGAAAUCUACUCUCUCUUCAAGGACAUCACCUCUGGUGUUGCCUAUCUCCAUGCCGCAAACUACAUCCAUCGCGAUCUCAAACCUAGUAACUGCCUCCUGCACCAUGAGGGUGGAAGGCUGAUUUGCCUUAUUAGCGACUUUGGCGAAGUCCAGCCCGAGAACACCAUCCGCAAGUCUUCUGGGACGACAGGCACCAUUUCUUACUGCGCCCCCGAGGUUCUCAAGAUGGAGUCUUCAGGCCGCUAUGGAAAUUUCACUACCAAAUCGGAUAUCUUCUCCCUAGGAAUGAUUCUAUUCUUCAUGUGCUUCGGAAGGUUGCCAUACCACAACGCCAAUGCCAUACAGGAAGAGCUCGAGGAUGUAGACAAACUCAGAGCUGAGAUUACUCACUGGCAAGGCUUCCAAGAUGAACGGAGGCAACGUCCAGACCUCCCCUCGAAACUCUACCAGCUCUUGAAGAAGUUGCUGUCGCUGAAUCCUGCCGAGCGCCCUAGUGCCAACGAAGUCCUCAAGGCGAUGAGAGGUGAAUCCCUGAGUUUUGAUGUAAGAGAAGACCAUGCCCCGGUUCCCGCGCUCAGCAUCAACGGGAACAGAGUCCAAAGCCUCGACUCCCCUGCAGCCCCUAGUACUCCGGUCCCAGGGUCACGCCAGCGCCGGCACUCAAACUCACCGGAUAACUUCCAGUCGAUCGACGAGUGGCCUGGAUCUUCGCAGAGAGACAAAUCACCAUCCACGGGUGUACGAGGUAUGCGCCAGGACCAAGCUCAUCCGGCCGGCCCUCGCCACCGUGCCUCCCAUUCAAUGGUGAUAUCCCGCAGCCAAGACAGAGCUCGUAGUCCUGCGGUCGCCAACGACGUCAAUGACCAGCUCGAAGAGACUGAACGAGAAUCCUUCAGCCCUCCACUCUUGAUGGCACCCCCAGGUACCAUCUCGAGAAUGAUGGGCAGUAGGCUUGGUGGUCUCUUCUUUCGCGUAAUGACUAUCUCAGGGCCGCAUCUCCCUCUACUGAGCUACAUUGGGCGCCUGACUAUCUUUCUUGCCAAGAUGGCCUCCCUCACCAGGCCUUGUUGGCCGUUUAUCGUCAAUUCCCAGAUUGGCAUCCCGCUAGUAGCCGUGGCCGCCCUGGACUUGGGCUUGCCACAACUAAGGAGGCCUCUACUGGUGACCGGACUGGACCAUAGGAGCCUUAUUCCAAGCGGAGCCUAUGCUUGGGGCCUAGGAACAAGUCUACUCUUACUGGCGUUUCACUUCAUUGUCCUGUGGCUGGCCUCGGAAUCGAAAGCCCUGUGUGCAACAAGUGAGCAUGAGGGAUUGCCUGAGUGGUAAGGGCGAGAAAUCACCGAUCGAGAAUGAACCUUUUAACCCGCUCCCCGCUCCAAAUAUCCCACUCAGCUGGUACAAGGUGAACCAAAUGCGGCUGAGCCUCUCCAGUUACAUCGAGGCAGAAACGAGAUAUCGUGUACUCCUUGGACUGGACCAGAGAUCAACAGCCUAUUCAUACCCUGGAACGUUCAAACUGCAGAAGUCUGACCGUUUGAUAAUUUGCAUUUAUCUACGACUUAAAAGCUACAUAUAUAAUAGAGAAUACAAUUUGCUCUCCAACCGGAA